AUGUUACCUCAGUCACACUCGCUGCUGCAGCCGCACUCACAGCCGUCAGUGAUCGUGAGAAUCACAGAGUUUGACAGUUUGACGGACAGAGAGUUCAACAGAACAGAGGAGUCUGACUGCCACACAGAGUCUGACUGCCACACAGAGUCUGACUGCCACACAGAGGAGUCUGACUGCCACACAGAGUCUGACUGCCACACAGAGUCUGACUGCCACACAGAGUCUGACUGCCACACAGAGGAGUCUGACUGCCACACAGAGUCUGACUGCCACACAGAGUCUGACUGCCACACAGAGGAGUCUGACUGCCACACAGAGGAGUCUGACUGCCACACAGAGUCUGACUGCCACACAGAGUCUGACUGCCACACACAGGAGUCUGACUGCCACACAGAGGAGUGCGACUGCCACACAGAGGAGUCAGACUGCCACACAGAGUCUGACUGCCACACACAGGAGUCUGACUGCCACACAGAGUCUGACUGCCACACAGAGGAGUCUGACUGCCACACAGAGUCUGACUGCCACACAGAGUCUGACUGCCACACAGAGGAGUCUGACUGCCACACAGAGGAGUCUGACUGCCACACAGAGUCUGACUGCCACACACAGGAGUCUGACUGCCACACAGAGGAGUCAGACUGCCACACAGAGUCUGACUGCCACACACAGGAGUCUGACUGCCACACAGAGGAGUCUGACUGCCACACAGAGUCUGACUGCCACACAGAGUCUGACUGCCACACAGAGUCUGACUGCCACACAGAGUCUGACUGCCACACAGAGGAGUCUGACUGCCACACAGAGGAGUCUGACUGCCACACAGAGGAGUCUGACUGCCACACAGAGUCUGACUGCCACACACAGGAGUCUGACUGCCACACAGAGGAGUGCGACUGCCACACAGAGGAGUGCGACUGCCACACAGAGGAGUCAGACUGCCACACAGAGUCUGACUGCCACACACAGGAGUCUGACUGCCACACAGAGGAGUGCGACUGCCACACAGAGGAGUCUGACUGCCACACAGAGUCUGACUGCCACACACAGGAGUCUGACUGCCACACAGAGGAGUCUGACUGCCACACAGAGUCUGACUGCCACACAGAGUCUGACUGCCACACACAGGAGUCUGACUGCCACACACAGGAGUCUGACUGCCACACAGAGUCUGACUGCCACACAGAGGAGUCUGACUGCCACUCAGAGGAGUCUGACUGCCACUCAGAGGAGUCUGACUGCCACUCAGAGUCCGACUGCCACUCAGAGUCCGACUGCCACACAGAGUCCGACUGCCACUCAGAGGAGUCUGACUGCCACACAGAGGAGUCUGCCACACAGAGGAGUCUGACUGCCACACAGAGGAGUCUGACUGCCACACAGAGGAGUCUGACUGCCACACAGAGGAGUCUGACUGCCACACAGAGUCUGACUGCCACACAGAGGAGUCUGCCACACAGAGGAGUCUGCCACACAGAGGAGUCUGACUGCCACACAGAGGAGUCUGACUGCCACACAGAGGAGUCUGCCACACAGAGGAGUCUGCCUGCCACACAGAGGAGUCUGACUGCCACACAGAGGAGUCUGACUGCCACACAGAGGAGUCUGACUGCCACACAGAGGAGUCUGACUGCCACACAGAGGAGUCUGACUGCCACACAGAGGAGUCUGACUGCCACACAGAGUCUGACUGCCACUCAGAGGAGUCUGACUGCCACACAGAGGAGUCUGACUGCCACACAGAGGAGUCUGACUGCCACUCAGAGGAGUCUGACUGCCACUCAGAAGUUACAGUCAGAGAAGAUUCUGUGGAUAGCUGUCACUGUGCCCACGGAGCUAACGAUGCUAACGGCGCUAACGGGGACGGGGAGCCGACAGGAGCUCGCUGAUUCACUGUCCCUGGACCUCGUUCCGGCCCCGACAGAGUCCUCCAUCUCUGCUCCACGUCUGAUUGGAACCUCGGCCAUGGCGGUGGUCCACUCCCAUCAGCCCCGUCACCUCGUCUGUCUUCACGCCGCCUCGUUCCCGCUCCCCUCUUUUGCUUUCUUGUCUUGA